AUGUUGAGUGCGACGAAGUGCAGUCCUUUGAAGAGAAAUAGUCAGAUGCCAAUGCAUAAAGGAAUAAUAGCAAGAGACUUAGAGAUAUGUCGAAUAAAACAACAAGAAAAAGUAAGAACUAUUUGCAGAGUAAAAAUAACCAUGCUUAUUUGGCUACUUUCACUGUGCAAAAUAUGGGAAAAAAUUCUAGUAGAAGACAGACUAAGAAGUAUCCAGAUAGUUGCAGCUCCAAGUGAUGGAAGAAAGAAAAAAGACAGUUCAGAAAGGCGUAUACACUUGAUACUAAGGGAAGAAGCCUGGAAUAUUGGAAUUAUUCAUAGGAAAAGAUUUCUCUCACCAGAAAUCCAGUUAUCCCACUCUAUAGCCGUUCUCAAGGAUAUUUCUAAAGAAGCAGAAACUUUGAAAAAUAAUUCGAAAUUUACUUCAAAGAGUCCCAUAUAUAUGCACGCACGAGACUUCACAAAGGACAAAGUGCGUGAUAAAUUGCCAUAUGAAGAUGGCUUGCUCAAUUACAAGCAAGACUAUUUUACCACGCUUCUUGAGAUGUUUCCUUCACUUGAUGGAUAUGCUUCUAUAUGGACAGAUAGAAAUGACUCUUUCUACGCAUUCAUUAAUAAAGAGGACGUGAAAGAGCACAAGUAUGAUAUACUUGGUUGUCUAUUUCUGCUUGCAAAUGGCGUAAAUGUGCCACUGAAAUUCAAGAAAACCAGGAAUAGAGUUAGUCUGGUGCUGAAAAAGGCAGAUAAUAAGGAAGAUUACUUCAGGGUAAGCAUAAAUACAUUUGAUAAAGCGAAUAAAGAAGGCACAUGGUUCCCAAAUAUGCAAAAAAUCAUGUACGAAAGAAAUGCAGUUAGUGUAGUAAAUUUCUUUAUAAAAAACAGAAAAAAACGGAUUAUUAAAGAAAGAAAGCGUACUUUAGGGAUGGCUGCGUGUGAUAAUCUGCUUGAAAAGAGAAGAUUUGUUGAUGGGCCAGGAUUCCUCAUACAGACGUAUAUAUGCCACUCUAUAGAAAGCACAGAAGAAAUGGUUUUAUUUGAGAAAAAAGUCUACAGUCUCCUGAGUGAAUAUAUAGGUUAUGAAGAGGAAAUUAUUGAAGGCAGCAAAACCAAGCAGUUAUGGCGUAAUCUGAAGGGUGGCUGCAUGGAGCAGGAAGAUGCUAAUCUAGAAGAUCUCAUGUACAUGGAAAAAUUAGCCAUUUUCAACAGUUGUUUUGUAAAUAUCAAGAAGGAAUCUACAGAUUCCCAGGGCAAAGACAUAAUAUACCCAGCAAGAAUGCUUUACAAUGACUUUAUAAAGCACCAGGAAAAUCUUCUGUAUUUUGAACCAACUGAAAAAGCAGUUAUUUCUGAAGAAAAUCUGAAAAAUCAAGUGAAAUUCACUGACUACACGGAAAUAGCACUACUAGGGAUGUUCUGCUGGGCUGUAUAUAACAAAGAGAAGAAUAUAUACACAAUAGACCACAUAAAGACACCCUCAGAAGAACUAAAGAACUUUUUCAAGAAACACAAAAAUAUGUACGGAGCAGUCACCCAGGGAGUACUAAAUGACUGGAAAAAGGUACUCUGCAACUUAGAUAACCCAAAUAUACGCUAUACCCAGCAGAAUAAAACCCAACUUAUGCCAGGCCUAGUAAAUAUACUGUACGUUAUCAAAGAAAUAACAGGAAUAGGUAAAAAAAAAGAAAUAGAUAAGAUUAAAGAAAGAAUCAAUCAGAUAAAUAAUUAUGAUAUGACAGAAGAAAUCACUCUUUACAAAGAAAUUUCAGCCAGUCCAGAAAUCUCCAAAAAAGAAAAGGUCUUCAUUGAGAAAAAUAUCAUAAAUAUAAUUAAAAGUAUAGAAAUGAAGAAAAAAAUACUCCUUGAGAAUAGACUGAAAAAUGCAGAAAAUGUAGAGGCAGCCAUAAUAAAGCUAGAAAUACAAACAUUAGAGAAUAUAAUGAAAGAAAACAAUAAGAAAAGUACACAGGCGUAUAUAAAAAGUUAUUUUGUCCAAGGAAAAACACUUAAAAUAAUACUAGGAAAUGACAUAAGAAACUACCUAACUAAGGUAAUUAAGAAUAUUGCACUAUAUAAUAGUAUUAAUAUAGAGUUCUGUGAAGUAAAAACACAAAAAAAAGGAUUCUGUGAUAUAUUUGAAAGACUAAAAAUAGAUUAUGACAGGAAUAAUCUAACGGAAAAAGAUAAGAAUUUAAUCCAUCCUUAUUUCUAUGAAUUUAAUCUGUUCCCAUUGAAUUCUUGUGAUAAAAAAGAAUUAAAAUGGACACCUAGUUUUAGAAUUUUUAGAAAAGAAUUUCCUUCAGAGGAAGAAAAUACUUCUAUUAUAAAUGAAUUUAAUUUAUGUCUAAAUGAAAAAAUAGAAAUAAUUAGACCAAGAGAAAGAAAUAAUGAGAUUUCUAACCCAAAUAUAACCCGAGAAUUCAUAUUUGACUACACUAAAUGCUGUAAGAAUAUUCAUACUCUCUUGCUUAGUCCUUUAAUUUGCACUCCAAAGCAUAAAAUAGAAAUUCUAUGGGAAAUAUUUCUGUAUGUAACGGAUAAAAAUAUCAGAAAUACGCACCCUCUUGUCUAUCUGGCUGAUAAUAUUGUGAAGAAUAUGCAUUUAAUCAAUGAUAAAGAUGCUAUAUUCAUGGUACAUAGUCUUAAUUCAACAGAAAAUUACCACCCAAAUAUAACUAUAGAUAAAAAUGCAUACCAAGAACCAUUAUACUUUAUAAAUACACUAGGGAAAGUAAUAGAACUAGCAAAUACCACAGUACUACCAUCGUAUAAAACACAUGCAGAUAUAAUAAUCAAGUUAAUAAUUAAUUUUCAAGAGAAUUUACUAAAUAAUAACGAUUAUUUUGACCUAGAAUUAUUCAAUAACCAGCUAAGUACUAUUAAUAUACCCAUUCUUAUUAAGAUUUUAACAUUAAAUGGGUCUACACAGUACUAUAUGACUAGAAUCAUUAAAGUCAUAAAUGAAAAAAAAGACCACCCAAACCAUACUCACAAAAAUCACAAUAGUCAUUUCUUAAGGUGGAUCACACUGGUUAUAAGACAAUCUACAACAGAACCACCCCUUCUACCAUAA